GGCUUGCUUAAAACUAAAAAACUAUAGGCAAAGCCCAUUUUAUGGCUGAGACCUCUUCAACAGCUGUUCAACAGACUACACUUGAGUACCAGAAAACCUAAACAAAAAAUUUGCAUCUUUCUUUCUUUUCAUGCGUCUAGUUGGCAGGAGGCCAUUUCAGGCUGUCUAGUUUUGCCGGACAACUGAAAAACGACAAAGUAAAGAAGAUUUGCAUCACAAUCAACAACUGUAAACAAGCUGUCAAUGAAGUAAAAUCCGCUAAUAUUAUCACUGAGUAAAGUCGACAAAACAGCUCUGUCUUUGCGUGUGACCGCCGUCAUUUUGCGCAAAUCUGCAGCGGUAAAACGACCGUAACAGACGUCUUCAAUGACUUGCUCACUCAGUGUGUAAAACCAAGUCAGCAUUUCUGUGGUGCUCUUCUACUUUUGUGUCUAUUAGCUUUUCAAAAAGAUAAGUUGAUUAAUACUUAUACAAAAGGGUCGAAGAUAUAUCAACGAUAUCUUCCAGUCAUGUGUCGCUGGGGAUGCCGCGAAAAUAACUUGAUAUUCAAAUGCAAGUUCUGUGGUACAAAUUACUGUAAAUCCUGUGGCCGAGGGGAUUUUCAUGGAGUCAUGACAGAUUCAGCCGUGUGUCGAGUUUGCUUUCAGCCGAAAUGCCAGGGAGAAAGGAUUGGUCAAGCGCCAGAAAAAUCAUCAACGAAGAAAGGAGUGAUUAACAAGAAACCCGCGAAAACAGAUUAUUCCAAGAAAUGAUGGCAAACUCAGGCCAAUUAAAUUAAAAACGUUGGGAAGACUAUCUUUCGAGUAGAGUCACCAUGAUUCUUCAAUGCAGAUAGAAGCUGGCUCUGCAAGCAAGAUCCUGUACAGAAAAUAAAACGAGCGAAUUAGCUCCCUACACGUGAACUGAAAUGGAAUAUAUUAAUGAUCUGGAGCCCGAUGAUAUUUGACUCUUAAAUCUAUUUUGGAGCUUAUGCGAACAUGCCAUGGUUUCGAUUUACAGUGGAACCCCGUUAAUACGGACACCCAAGGGAUAUGAUUAAGUGUCCGCAUUAUCAGGGUGUCCGUAUUAAGCGGGUUAAUUUUAAUAAGAGAAAAUAUAUGAGCUUUUUAGUUGUCGGGACAAAGAAAACUGUCCGUUGUAAGCGGGCGUCCGUAGAACGGGGUUUCACAGUAUUUCUAGAAGAUUUGAUUCUCCGUAUAUAGAUCUAGCACAGAUGUCCUUAUGGCUGAUCAUUUUUUUUUUUCUCGUAACUUCCAUACCAGUGUAAACUUUAUAUUUUUGAGGACAAAAUAGUCACUGACCAGUUAGUGUUGCUGGAUCAGUGUUACCUUUCAAGCAUAAAACAUGAAAGUAACAAGAA